GGGACGCGCAUGCGCAGGAAGAACUGCGACGGCUGAGCGAUGAAGGUAAAGCGGGCGCGGGUUCGGGGUUCACUGUGGGCGGUGGGUUCUGACGCCCCUCAUGCUUACUAACUGGUACAGCGCCGUACUGCUAGUGCUGCUCAAACAGGGAGAAUGGCCCCUAAAUUAUACUUUCUCCCCAUUUCCUAAUCCGGACUGCAUAUUCCUGAUUGAGAAACUUAAUAUUUUAAUGUGGUUUAUUAUUGGUUAUUAUUGGUUAUGUUGGUCGUUUUGCCGCAUAAUAUGAUAAUUAGUGAAUGUUACUGCUCCCCUUCUCAUGGAUUGCAGGCACAGGUAAUGCUCAGUGAUUGCUUAGCAUCAGAUAAGAUGGAGUCCAACUGGAGUGCCAAAAGUUACCCACCUAUUUCUGUGCCUCAGUAAUAUAUGUUCAGCACAGAUAAGACAUUACUUUAGAUAUUUUUGGUCUGAUGUGUUUGUUUGAAAUUCUUCAAACGUACAAAGUCGCAUUCGUCCACCCACUGUAAAGCGCUGCGGAAUUUGUUGGCGCUGUAUAAAUAACAACAUAAUCAGGGGGUGGGUGUUUGUGGUUAUUAUUAUUUUGUCAAUAUGUUUCUCAUACCUCCCAAGUGUCCCUAUUUUGGUCCCAAAUCGCUCUGUCCUUCUUUUCUAUCCAAAUGCUCCACAGUGAUGUCUAUUUAAAUCGUCUCACUGUCACUGUCUCACAAGUUCUGACUGUACAGAAAAUAUUUAGUGAUACAUAAAGAAUGGAGAUCCUGGCCCAUGGCUCUAAAAAUCCAUGUGGGUAUGUGGGUUACUUUUAUAAAAAAAAGUGACCAGCAAGAUGGUGUUUGCACUUGCAAUGUAAGGAAGAUAAAUGAAGAGUGAGACUAAAGGUAAAAUGCAAACAGAGUUACACAACCACAUAGAUUGAUUACACACAGUAUGAUCUUAUAGCAGUGUUAGCUAAGAUUCCAGGCACACUGCAAAUUGGUUCUUACGAUGCUCACUUGUUAUUGUGUCAAAUAAGCUGCAUUAAACGAGGAGUCUUCCUUCCUACACACCGAAGAAUGAAGUGGUUUUAAUAGGACAAUUUAGGGUUAGGGGAACUACAGCAGUCCUGUAGGUGUCAGAAGUUACAAUCUGGAGAAUAUCCAAGACCUGCGGCAAGAGAUACAAGGGCUCACAGACCAAGUCCACCAAAUCCAAGGGUCACCAACCUACCUGACUGAACCGUGGGCAGGACCUCCGGCACCACUGGGAUUGUACGCACCCGCACUAAGUCUUGGGCCACAAAUUGUAAACACAGCACCGUACACUCGCAGUGGCAUGGACCUGUGGAUAUCAAGCUGCCUUACCUUUAAAUUUCUUCAGGAGACAACCCAACUAGGAAAGGGCAUUCUCCCAUACAGUACACCAAACUCACGGCAUAACAGGUGAGGAACACCCGAAGGACGUAAUUACACCAGGCAACCUACCGCUCAAAGUAGGCAAUUCCCUACAUACUAACCCCCUGUAACGUUACACUCUUGACAGAAUCCUUACUGCUCAUGCCUCCCAGCCUCACCGAACGACAAGUAGAAUACACGAAAUCAGUACAGAGAUAUGCACCCCACUACACAAUCAUACAAGAGAUUAGUUGGGUCCUAAACACACAUGUCCUUCUAACCACGAACAUAUCACAAAAAACGUGCAAGAUGAGCAGAUACCACACAAUAUAACUCUACUACCCGUAAAUGUCUUAGAGAUAUGUGUAUCACUGUGUCAAUCGAUACCCCAGUGUGGCUGUUGUGGCCACAUAUGUUGUACUCUGUUUUACCGUGCACAAAAAUAAAGAAUUCAAAAUAAAUAAAUAAAUAAAAGAAGUUACAAUCUGUAGUUCUUUGUUACUCCACUUAAACAUAAAUCUGAGAUUUCUAAGCUUGUUAAUAAUUUUUUUUUUUAAUGGUUAUUUGUAAUUUAAUUAGUAAUAGUGCUUUUGAUAACCGUCAUUUCUUUCUGUGUUUUUACAGCGAGUAUUUUCUUUGACAGAAAAGAGUUUGCUUGGAUUUCCUAUCCAGUAUGUCUGGCAGAAAGCUUUAGGAAAUUACAUUGCAGUUACAGGGUAUGUAAAAUCGAAGAAACCUGCUUUGAUAAUCUUGCUGAAUAUUAGAUAGAGUGAAUUUAGUAACUGUUACUCCUUUCCAUGAAAUGCAUUCUAAUCCCGCUUUUAUAGCUUUGGUAAAUCAAAAAUAAUUUUAUUUGAUUUUUUUUGUUUCAGUUUAGUGUUUAUUACUUUUUAUGUAAAUUACUAAUAGUAUGGUACAUUCUGUCUUUAAUACCUGUAGUCUGUAAUAAAAUUAUAAAUAUCUCAUUAAACUACAAAUGUCUAUUUAUGGCACAAGCUGAUUUUAUUUGGAUUUCAUACAUUCAUUUAUUGAUAUUACAUGAUACUAUUGAUAUUGAUCAGAAGUCCAUAAUUGUGCAGUUAGUUAAAAAAUCUUUUUCUUUUUUUUUUUUUUUUAAAUUCUUUAUUUUUCAUGUGCUCAGAUUAACAACAAGCACGCAGAGCCACGACAGUGUCUGCACGCAUUUUCAUAACAUUUUGCAGUGUAGACAGCACUUUUUUAUAUAUAUAUAUAUAUAUAUAUAUAUAUAUAUAUAUAUAUAUAUAUAAACAAACAUUAGGAAUACAGGCAGUUAAACAUAAAGGUAGUGUAGUUUAGUUUAGCAUGUUAGACUGGACGUUCAUUUGACAUGGCUAGUAGCGCUGCGGUUUGUAAAUCUAAGGCAUUGCAUUUAUAAGAAGGCAUUUCAAGUGCGAGAAAAUGACAUUCUAAACCGAUUAACAUUUCUUAGGUUAGGUCCUUGAAUGUCUGAUUAAGGUACACGCUUUAAAAGAUAGAGUACACAGGCUGGUUGCCAGUAAGGCUAGUUAGACAAGCCAAUCUAAAGCAGCGAUUAUGACAUUACUUGCUGAACAUAGACAUGCCAGGUCAAGUAAAUAAAACAUUGUUAGCAAUCAAGAGUGUCAUCUAUACUGUAGCUGAUUUACAUCAUUUAAACAGUUCACAAAUUUUAAUGCAUAUAAAUUGGUCAGAUAGUAAUAGUGGAGGUAUUCACAGUCACGGUGAAUUUCAUAGGGAAUUUCAAAUUUUUUUUUAGGUCAAAGUAGCCAAAUUGGAAACAUUCUCUGUCGUUUCUUUAUUUUUUUUUAUUUUUUUCUUUCUGUUUUGACCUAAAAUUUGAAGUUCAGUGAAAAUUUACAUUUGGAUUCCUGACAAAAUAAAAAAUUAAAUAACUCUAAAUAUAUCACGCACUAUUUAUUUAUUUUACAACUAGGACCGAUAUCUUCUAGUCUUAUUUAAGAACAAUAAAAACUGCAAAAUUAACUAAGAAAAUAUGAAUUAAGUUGCAUUUUCUAUUUACAGAGCAUCUCAUACUGUUAAAAUCUAUGAUCGUCAUGGACAGAGGAAAGAUGAAAUUCAAUUAUCCGGGUAAGCACUGUGACCAUAUCUUUCUAUAUUGCUCUAAAAUACCACUUUUUAUUUAGCAAUAAUUUUUCGUACUGUACUUUGAAAUAAUAUAAACAGCCAGUAAUAACGGAUUUAUAAAAUAUUUAGUAAAUACGGUUUUAUUUUUCUUUUGUUUAUUUUUUUUAGUGCCUGUUAUGCCAUGGACUGGGACAAAGAUGGAAAUGCUCUGGCAAUCAUCGCUGACAAAUCAAGUUCAAUCUACUUGUGGGAUCCCAAUACAAUGAAAACCAGCAUGCUAGAUAGUGGUAUGAGGUAAGGCUCCAAUUUAUAUUAAGAUGGAUAGCCUUGGCACUAUAUUUGCUUGUAUGUUACAUAGGCUGAAAAAAAAUUCAGCCCUUUCUUACAUCUAUUUUUGCUGUUGAUCCAAAAGAAGGCAAAAAAAACCCCCCCAGGUUGAAGCGUGUUCCAAAUUUUGUAAAAAACUAAGAAAAAAAUCCUUCUUGACCUCAGAAUGGCAUUCAGAUCUCUCCUCGGAUAAAGCAACUGUUACCCCACAUAUUAAAAGUUAUAUCUCUGAAUAUUAUGUUUUUGCAAGAAUUCAUCUAGUUAAACAUUUGUGCAGACUGAUAAAACCCUUUCCUUUGCCUUACACUAAAUCUAAUUUCUUAUAGUCUAAAUGGGUGAACUUGUGUCCUAUGUAUAGUCCUGUUUUUGAAUAGAUUUCCAGACAAUGGUUUGUAUUGGCCCUGAAUAUAUUUAUGUAAUGCUAUCAUAUCCCCUCUGAUGUGCUGUUUUAUAUUUUAAAAUGAGACAGAUUUAAAUUUGUUAGCCUUUUUUUCAUAACUAAAAUCUUCCAUUCCGUUAUUCAUUUUUUAGCCCACCUGCACCUUUUUUCUCGUUCCAUUAUAUCCUUUUGAUUGACAUUGCACAUUGUUGUCUAUAACAAUUCCUAAAUCCAUCUAAUGUGCUUUUAUCCCUAAUUCACUAGCUUUUAGGGUGUAAAUUGCUUGUUCAUUCAUCACCCCAAAGUGCAUUAUUUUGGAUUAAUCCACAUUAAAUCCCGUCUGCCAUUUGAGUGCCAAAUCCUCUAAUCUAUCUAGAUCCCUUUGCAGAUAAGUAAUAUCCUGCUCACAUUGCAUUACCCUACCUAGUUAUUUAAGUCAUGGUUAUUUUACUAUGAAAAAGUGAGGAAGAACACGAAUGAACUGAAAUAUACAUGGAUUUCUUUGUUCUUUCCAUAGAGGAUUUGUGUAGGAUCACACAGUCUUGCAAACCUCCUUGGUUUUCUCUCAUUAUUUUCACCUUGUUUAUUUCUUCCUUAUUUUGUUUUAAUGACAGUAUUCUGAAAGUUUGAGAAGUGUUUCCACCUCUCACGUGUCACUGUGUAGUCAGUAGUAGGUGUUUAAUGUGGGCCUCUUCUUGGUUACCUGUUGCUCUUCAUUUUAGGGAUCAGAUGUCUUUCUUGCUGUGGUCAAAGGCUGGGGCAUUACUAGCUGUUGGAACAUCCAAAGGGAGUUUGCUUGUUUAUAAUCUCCAGACGUCACGUAAAAUUCCUGUGCUUGGUAAGUAACUGGAAACAUUUUAGGAAUACGUUUAUGACCAACAUAUUAUUGAUUGUUAAAGAUCACCCUAAUAUCAUUUUGCAGGUGGAGAUUUUGUAGAAGUUUCUGUGUCUUAAUUGGUAAUGAGUCGCAGUAAAUCACGUCUGUGUAUAGUGGGUCGGCAAUAGGUCCCUGGGGCUUUCACAACUAAAGGAAUGUGGUACAGUUGUGGCUCUACCCUUUUCCUCAUCCAGUGUAUACAAGGUAAAAAUAGGUACAAAUGUAUCUUGGGUCCCCAGGCUCCUGUAUUACGAGGGGAAGAAGACCUUGAAAACCCACUAUUCCUUUACCCUAUGAAUGGCAUUAGUGUGACGGUAAACACUGAGGUCUUUGCACAUGAAGACGGUGUGCCAAGCCCCUAGUUUUAAUACUGCCAAUGUACAGGUACAGGUAUAACAACAGGUAGGUAUCCAAUCUUCAGGGGUAACACAUGGGACAAAAAGUUGAAUUAGGUGUGACACGACUGUGCAAAUACUGAAGUUUCAAUUUCCCAAAUUGCGUCUGUAUUUUUGCAUUUACAGCUUUUUAUUUAACGAUGCUUCAUGUUUUAAAGAGUUAUUUUAUUUAUAUUUUUUAUGGAGGUGUCUAUUUUAUUGGGCGGAAAAUGGGAGUUUGAGAGCAUCAGUGGCAAGAUCUGUGAAACACUCACUCAAAGCCCACUUAUCGUUAGGAACAUUGGGGAGAAGAGGUAGCUAAAUAAAUGUGUGAAUUUUUUAUUGAGUUUAUCUAAUGUCAAGAAACAUUUUCUUGUAGGUAAACACACGAGACGUAUAACAUGUGGCUGCUGGAGCUCUCAGAACUUGCUAGCCCUGGGCAGCGAAGACAAAAUGAUCACUGUCAGCAAUCAGGAAGGAGACACCAUAAGACAGGUCUGUCAGUGGGAUGUAAAAAGCAAAUAGAAUUUCUUAUCGCAUUGUACAACAUUGGGUUUUAAAUGACAAUUUUACUUUUACUAUGUGUUCUUAAAGAGCAACAGCUAUUCUUUGUGUUGUAUAUUUUUCAUGUGUAUUAAGAUUUCAUAGUCAUUAUCAGCAACUGAUCAAGUCGUUCAUGUGAUUGGUUUAACAAGCAUUUUGCAGGUUUAUUUUCAUAGGUGCCUUGAUGACAGUCUAUAGAAAUCAAACACAAAAAAUAGUUGUUAGCAGGAACCAGAAUUAGAUCUGACCAAGUGGCUGUAGGUAUUUGUCCAGCCCUGGCUGUAUACUGUAUGUUAAAUGCUUGUAAAAUGCGUCAAAAUAUCAGCUUAGCGCAGUAAAUCCUCGUUGAGUUAUAACUGAAUUGAAAUCCUCUGUCUAUCAUUGCCUGCCUGUAGUGAAGAAUUUGUUGAACUGACAUUACCAAAGAAAUCAAAGUGCAGGUAACACCACUGAAAGUAGAAAGGCUUUUGUCAACUGGCUAAAUGGAGCUUUCCUGGACUGUAGAAGGAGUAUCCCAUAUCUACAACAUAACUUCAAGGGACUCUCUAAGCAUCAAAAUUAGCAAUAUCUUAGAAGUGGCAUUUUUUACAUUUUGAAUUACUAAUGCCUCUAGUGGCUAACAUUCAGGUAGCUAGUAGGGGCUUUAGGUAUAAUAUAAAUUCAAUAAUAUAAUCUUUUACAUUCAGCGUCAGCAUCUAAAAUAUGCUGAUUCAGGAGGCUAAGUGUAUGCCAAGUACUUCUCAUAGAGAAGCAUUGGAUAUUGUGGUAAUUGCUGCACAUGUCCUAUGUCCCCACCGCUCCCUAUGAGAAGCAUUUGCUUGCACAAUGGUCCUCUCUCUUUGAAACAUCAGUGAGGAGCUGUCGUGAGAUGUUUGUCUUGGUGAUGGAUUACUGGUAAGUUUAAGAGUGAUAUAUUUAUUUAUUUUUUUAAUUAAAUUUAUAUACUAAGACAAUAUGUAUAUCUAUUUAACAAGCACACAUUUGAUAUUGGGAUAAUUUAUAUACUUUAAACCUGUACAUUAACAUACUCUGUACAACCUAAACAUACUGUUCAUCAGUGCUGAAAUAACAUUAAGAAAAUGAUUUCUCUUUCUUUUUGCAGACGGCUGUAAGACUGGAACCUAGUGAUAUACAGUUUUCUGUGAUGAAGACUGAUGAACGAGCAUCACCAGGAGAGAGUACAGUAAGACUGGAGCAAACCUUAUUCACGUGGGUUAUUGUGGGUGGAAACUGUUUACUGUCCUGGUAAAAGUACAGGGCCUCUCAGUGUGGCUUUUAGUGUCCAGGCAAGCCAGUAGUGAAUUGAAAAUCACGUUUAUUUAGGCUGCAAUAGCUGAGCUGUAACUACAACAGAGUUGGGAAUUGUUUUGGUAUCAGCUAUUUCAGCAUAAUAUUGCAGUUCAGUUUUCAAUUCACUGUCUAGUAAAUACACUUCAGUUAGAAUUACUUCUAUCCAAGCAUUUUUGCCGCCCCAUUUGCUCCACCCAAUCAUGCAGACUAACAUACGCACUGACUCAAGUAGACAAACACUGACCGCGGCACAAAUUAUCAUAAACCCAGGGCCGGCGCCCCCCUCCUUAACCAGCGCCCUAGGCGGCUGCCUAAUUUGCCUAUAGGGUGCCCUGCUAAUGUUGGAGCUUCUGCUUUACCCUUUGUGCUUUUUGUCACGAAAGCUACACCAAUAAUUACUUACCCAUUCAAAGCUCGUCUCUCGUUCUUCUUCCUUCUUUCAUCAAAUGGGUGUAAUCAUUUAGUCGUUAACUGGACUGGAAUGGAACAAAUAAUGGUUUUAAAAUCUGACCAUCCCAUUAGAAGAGGGGCAAGGCCAGAGUGAGGGAUAAUGUGUCACCACCACAAGUCAGGCCCUGAGUUUGGUGACCCUGCAGAACCCUUGCAUAAUGGAGAUUCCCUGUGCUUGUUUUAAUGAGACGCGUUGCUGGUGAACUAUCUCUGGUGUCACCAUUGGAGGGGGGAGGGAGGGGAGAGGGUGCUGAUUGUGGGGAUGCAACUUGUAGGGGGUGUGGCUGUGGAUGGAGCUUUUUGCAAUUUACUAUGUGUCUAAAGAAUGGCUCUUUGUGGUUUAGUGUGUAUGUGUAUGGAGAGGGUAUCAUGUAAAGGGUAAAUUAUUAAAAAAAAUAUUUAUUAAUUAUGAAAUAAAAGUAAUAUUUAAUGCCCAUCUUUUUUGCUUAUCUUAGGCCAGAGAGGGAGAAUAGUUAUCCCUGGGGAUAUGGUGGGCAUGUCAUAUGGUCUGCAACUCUAGCACUAAUGUAGCCAACAAUCUCCCUGAGCCUCCACAAGUGAGAAGGGCUGGCUAGUGAGUGAUGUUUGAUCUCCUAACCAGCCCUGGAGUUCACAGCUUCCUUUUUUUUUUUUCUCUCUCUCUUAAAGGACCACUCUAGGCAUCCAGACCACUUCAGCUUAAUGAAGUGGUCUGGGUGCCAGGUCCAGAUAGGGUUAACCCAUUUUUUUAUAAACAUAGUUUCAGAGAAACUGCUAUGUUUACACUGAGGGUUAAUCCAUCCUCUAAAGCCUCUAGUGGCUGUCUCAUUGACAGCCGCUAGAGGUGUUUGCGUGCUGACGCCAGCGUCCAUAGCAAAGCAUUAUGAAUGCUUUCCUAUGAGACUGGCUGAAUGCGCGUGCAGCUCCUGCCGCGCAUGCGCAUUCAGCCGAAGAGGAGGAGAGGAGGAGGAGAGCUCCCCACCCAGCGCUGGAGAAAGGUAAGAUUUUAACCCUUUCCUCUCCCCAGAGCCGGACGGGAGGGGGUCCCUGAGGGUGGGGGCACCCUUAGGGCACUAGUGCCAGGAAAACGAGUGUUUUCCUGGCACUAUAGUGGUCCUUUAAGCCAAUGCUUGAUUAGUUUCGGCUGGUUGAGAAGAUUCUUUUUUUUUUUUACUGCGUCCCACCACGCAUUUGCCUGGUUUAACCAGUGAAAGUCCGGGCCUGGUCAUAACUAAUCAUAGAAUCUGGUAAUGAUGUCGCCAGUUAUGUAUUUUACUGAUAGUGGUCCAUUUCCUUUUCGUUCACACUGUCAAGUAUUUGGAGAUUGCAACAUUCUCCCCCAUCCACGCCCAAAGAAAAAGAAAAAACAGUACUUACCUUGGAGCUUUAUUACAAUUAUUCAUGAAUAAACUAUACAACAAAUACUUUUGUUUCAGAUAAGUGUUGUAGUGGGAAAGAAAACCUUGUUUCUGUUCAAUUUGAAUGAUCCGGACAACCCCAUAGAACUGGCCUUCCAGCAGCGCUAUGGAUCCAUUGUUACCCACAGAUGGUAAGCCAGCUGGGAUUUCUAAUACUGUGCAUUUCCUAUUGAUAUCAUUAGCAAUAUAAAUUUUCUCUUUUGUCCUUAUAAAUGAUUCAGAUUCUAUUGAAUAGUUGUCAUGUAUUUAUUUAGUCUUGUUUAAAAACUUCUUUAAUAAAUACAUGACAACUAUAUAUAAUAAUAGUAUUUCUCUUAUUUCAUAAUUUUACUCCCCAGGCUUUCCUAUCAGUCAGUUAUAUAGUGCAAGCUAAUACACUCCUGUAUAUUUAAUUCAUUUAAUUUUUUCUUUUUUUUUUUUGGACAGGUAUGGUGACGGUUACAUCAUGAUUGGUUUCUCCCUUGGAUUUUUUGUUGUGAUUUCCACCCACAUGCGUGAAAUUGGUCAGGAGCUAUUCCAGGCUCACAACCAUAACGAUAACCUAACAAGCAUUGCCAUAUCACAGUCCCUAAACAAGGCCGCAUCAUGUGGGGACAACUGGUAAGUGCACUGCGUAAAUUGUAUCUCCUCAGUGCAUCUUGUGUGUGUGAAGAUAGGAAUAAGGCUCACUUAUCAAACACCUGUGACAAAGUUAAUAUUAAACAUACUAACUGAAUGAUCUUUAUAAUAAUAUGACUAUAUAUCCAUGAAAGGGUGUUCGUAGCUUUGACUAACUAAAUGACUUAUACAUAUCACCCAACUUAAUAGUACUCAUUUUAUCGACAUUGGAAGGAUCAGAUUUUAUUCCAGGGAAUCAAGUGUUUGUUUUUUUACAAAUAAUUUAACCAUGUAAUAGCCAGAUAUUAUUUUAGAAAACAACCUUAACACGUAUUACUGAAUGCAACAAGGAUCUGUAAUGUGUAAUGAAUGCUGCUCACUGAGAUAUUAAUGCUUGGAUAGGUUCAUAGGUCUUACUGUUCUCUAUAUUUAUCAAGCAUUCAAUUCAGUUGAACUAGUGUCCAAUAUAUGUAGUUAGCAUGCAUCGCAUCAGUAGUAAUUGUGUUCUGUUCUAGUAUCAAAAUCCAUGACUUGGCUGAACUUAAAGACAUGUACGCCAUCAUAAACCUGGACGAUGAAACGAAAGGUAAAAACCCACGUGUUCUGUAUCUGUACGUUGGCUUUCUGCCAUAUUGGAAAUGUAUUUCAAUUGUGCAUCACAGCGUGUUUAAUAGGAUGUGUGUGAGAAUCUGUUGAGAUCAGCAAUACUAAUCUUUUCUGGAUAGAGAAGUAUCAUGGGGAAAUAUAGUUUGCCAACAUCUUCAGGGCAAUGGAAAGAUAUCACUGCAAAAUAUAGUAAAUUAAAAGCAGCAGAGCAUUUCCUGUAUUUUAGUCCCAAAAGGAAAGACUAGCAAUCCACAACUCACUCGAGAGUACCAACUGAAGAGGGAUUCAUCUUCAUAUAAAUGAUUUCCGUGGUGUCAUCACUUGCGACCUUUGGCCACCUAUUACUCUUUGCAUUAAAGAUAUAUAAUGAUACAAAUGAACUAAAACUGAUGUGAGACAUCCGGUUCCUUUAGGAAAAGAUAUUACGUUUGUGUCGCUUUUUAGCGAGUAGUUUUCUCUGUCCUCCGUGGUCUCAGCCAUAAUGCACUCAUGAUGUCUUAGUAGAGGCUGAGAAUUAGUCUGUAUCCAUCAUGCAGAGGGCAUUUACUAAUUCCUGCCCGUGGAUCCGGUCUUGUGUUCUGGUUCUAUAAAUUCCCACCAUGACUGAAAAUAUAGAGCAAAUUGAAAAGCCCUUGUCCUAUCUCAGCAAGUCCUGUUAAAUAUCUUUGUCUUUAUAUUUGAUGCCUGUUUUUAUAAUCAAAAACCUCCAUUAAAUAGAUAAGUCCUGUUUCCCAGUAUUGUUUAAUAUCAUUCAUUUUAAUGUAGCCACUAUUAUUUGCACAUUAUAUUUCUUUUCUAUAGUAAACUAGAGCAUAUAAUAGAAUGACCAGACAGGUUUAAUGUAGAAUGGAAACAUAUUUUCCGAGUGAUUAUUAUGAGAAACAAGAUGGCCGUCUGCAAACAUUGCAUUUUACAUAUGUUCCUAUCUUCCAUUUAAUAUCUAUUGGUUUACCAGACCUAGCAAAACAGUGAAAACAUUUCUCUCACUCUCAGAAGUAGCCUAUACAAAAUUUUUAACAUAAGGCUCCAAGAACAACCGUUAUCAUACUAAUUUCACUAAACCGUAUCUAGGCCAUUUUGUAAUUUGUUGUAAUUAAAAACCUGAUUUGUGUUUUUGUUUUUGUAAUAUUAGGUUUAGACAGACUUUCCUGGACAGAUGAUGGCCAAUUAUUGGCUGUGUCAACACAGCGAGGCUCACUCAGCGUCUUCUUAACCAGGCUUCCAGUACUCGGGGAUACCUGUGGCACUAAAAUUGCAUAUCUCACCUCUCUCCUUGAUGUCACUGUGGUUAACCAUGUGGAAGGAGUAAGGCUCUGUCCAUGUUACUGGCAAUGUUUGGUGUUUUCAUAAACCACAUAAUCUGUCGACAGACUUUAAAAAACAUACACUAGAGAAUGUGUGUUUUGUUAUUUGAUGCCUGAAUUAUGGAUAACUGUCCAAGAAAUCACUGUGCUGUAGAUUCAAUGUUUUUGGUUAUUUUGGCCUAAGAUUUCCAAUUCAUUUUUUUUAAAGCUUCCACAGUUCCCAGUUUACUGAAUAAAUCCUAAUCGGAGUAAUUCACUAAACCGCAGAUUGUCAAAAGGUGAUAAGGAAAUGUCACAUUUCAAAAUAACUGGACUGGAAGGAUGCUACUAAUCAUUUGUAAAUACAUAUAGGCUAUUUUGCUCUGCCAUUUGAAAAUGCUUGCUGAGUUCCUGAAAAUUCAUGGGUUUAUGAAUAACUAUGUAUGGUUCAUUCACUAAACACUGAAUUAAGGAAAACUAAAGCCUGAAUCUCAAAAUCAGCUCUAUUUGCUUAUAGGGAAACUAUGGGCACUGUAACUGCUUUAUCUUAUAGAAGUGGUUAUAGUGACUAAAGUUCCCUGGUGCAGUCCAUCCAUUCAGAAUUACACCAUUUUUAGUGAGUUAAUACUAAAUGAGAGUACACAGCUCUGUGCUGCUCGGGCUAAUGAGAAAGUACUGGUCUGAGCAGCAGUUGGUGGCCGUGAUUGGCUGAGAGCAUCAGCUGACAGCUUUCACCCUUUCACAGCUCCUAUUGCUGGUAUGAAUUGGUAUGGCUAGAUUAGAGUGUGAUCCCUGCCUUAGCUCUACCUCCAGUGUGAGACUGGGUGACUGGGGACUCUUUAUUUAAUGGUAAACUGGAGGGCUAGUACCAUUCAGAUUAAAUGGUUAUAGUGAUUACAAUGUUCCUACAAAAUUUACAUUUCAGUUUAGUGGUUAGUGAAUAUGGCCCCAGAGUUAUAUUGGGGUUAAACCUUAAAUCCCUCCUUUUUGAUAGGCAGUGAGUUCAGUUCAGAGCUAGCACAAAACGUGUAAGGACUUAUUAUUUACUGGUGACAUGAGGAUUUUUUGUGUGUGUGUUGCCGUGGCAGUGUUGUAGUCCUCAGCAGCCAUGUAAGUCAAAUUUAUAAACUAGUGUCCCCGAAUUCACCACAUUUAUACAGGCUCAUCUCUAAUCCAAAGAAGGCUUACCUUCACACCCUAGAUAUUCUGCUCCACAAACCUUAGUAACCUUAAAACCUUUAUCCUGGCAGAGCAUCAUGGGAGAUGUAGUUCACAAACAUUUGGAUUUUCAAUAAACCUGCUCCAAUUUUAUUUUCUUCAGACUGCCCUAGCAUAGAAUAGUUGGUUUUGUCUGGAAUGUGCUGCAGUAACCAGAGAACAGCGAGCAAAUCGUUGCUCUUUUUUUGUCCUAUCUACAGCCAUGAACAAGGAUAAAACCCACUGUCCUUUAUUUACUGCAGGCAUUAUAGAAAGGGAUGUAUGGAUUUACCCACUAUUCAGAAUCACUCUAAUAUUACAAUGUUUCUAGAUUGAUAUCAAUGGGUUUUUCUUUUAGGAAGUGCCAAUCACGGUGUCUGUGGAGGUGGAGCCCAAUUUCCUUGCUGUUGGUCCAUAUCAUUUAGCUGUAGGCAUGAAUAACCGCGCUUGGUUCUAUGGUCUCUCAGAAAAUGGUAAGAGUUUCUCUUCCUUUAUAUUACAAGGGGGAUUUUUUCCUAGUUCUGUAAGUCUGACUGGCUUGUGACAAGCCUUAUUCUAACAUUAAAAGAAUGAAUGCAUUAUGAUCAAAAUGUAACAUACUUGAAACCUGUUGGAUUCUGCUGUUCAUACUUCCAUAUUUUUCUGAAAUGCUUUAAGAGGCCAAGGCAAGAGGGGUAUAUACAUUCAUGUGUUGUGGGCCUCCUUUUUGUCUUUUUGGAAACUGAUCUUUCAUAAAAUGAAUUAAAACGUUUUAAGCAAGUGAUCGUUAAACAUCAGGUAGGCGAGCAAAUAAUAGGUUAACCAAUUGAGUCAAUUCAGAGAACAUCAGAUUAGAAAAUAAUUAGCAAUACCAUAAAGUUUAUCAUCUAAAUAGUGAACUAAGACCUGAAUUCCUUAAUCUAGGCCAGAAUAGAUGGUUUGGAAAAUUCUCCAAUUCCGCGAUAUAUUUGCAGCUUUAGCCUAAAUUUCACUGUUUAAUUUUAAGUAUACUUCAAUUCAGUGUUUGGUUAAUAUCCCAAUGGGUCAAGUUAGGACUUUCUCAAUCUGCAUUACUCAAACAGGGUGCAAUGGAACCUUUACAUGCCCUACACAUAAUGCCUGCAUUAUCAAUCUUAAAAAUAUUUUUUAAAUGUUUUUUUUUGUCUAGUAAAGAUAUAAUCGUUUUGUGCAUCCAAGGUUUUUUGUCUAUAUAAAAUUUGCAGGUGUGGAUAAGUUAAAGGACAUGGAGUACCUGGGAUCAGUGGCCAGCAUGAGUUUAAAUUCAGACUAUGCUGCAGCUCUUUUUGAGGGAAAAGUUCAGCUCCACAUGGUAAGAAUUCAAUAUAUGGAUUAAUACAUAGCAGUAUAGAUAAUAUUCUUUUCAAUGCUUAGCUAAUCUAGAUGUGCUCAGUAAAUAAUCCGUCCCUAAUAAUUAUGAUAUUAUUUUAAUAUUCCUAGUGAAGAUCAUGCAAUUUCAUUCUGAUGUCAUCUAUUUUCCGACAGCUUCUGUGAAACUGUAGCCCUGUCCAGACUAGCGUCCCACAUUUUCUUUCCUUAAACACCUACAGUGCUUCACCUUUUUAGCUAGAGCUAAUAACUCCCAGAAUUAGAAAGGAACUUUACUUACUGCAAUAACUGUUAUAUUAGGUGCAUUGUGCAUGAGGCCAAUGCUGGAUCAAAAAAUAAAUUAUUAAAUCUUUCCUAACCCAAUUAGUGCAUUAUUUUGUAAACAUUUCUCCUUCAUUAAUUAACCUUGUCCCAUCAUUCUAUUUAUAAUUACACUUUAGAUUGAAAGUGAUGGCCUUGAUCAGGAGGAAAGAGAGACAAGACUUUUUCCAAAAACUGACGACACUUAUCGGAUUCUGUGCCACGCUCUCACUGGGGAUUUUCUGAUCUACGGGACGAAUGUAUGUGGUUUUCGUUUUCUGCUGUACUCUUUGCUUACCUGACCGUGAUGAUAUUAUAUAUACUAUUAUACUUCUUUCUUUGUUUGAUAUGUUCGUUCCUUUAUAUCCAUUAUGUAUGUUUGCUUAGACCGGGCUUAUUAAGUACUUCUACCUUGAAGACUGGCAGUUUGUCAAUGAAUAUCGGCACAAUGUGAGUGUGAAAAAGAUCUUUCCUGAUGCUUCUGGAACUCGACUGGUUUUAAUUGAUGAGAAAGCAGAUGGUUUUGUGUAUUGUUCAGUAAGUGAAAACACAGUCUUUGUUUUUAGUUACAAAAUACCUUUCAAAUGUACUUGCUGUAUUUGUAUCAAAAUACAUUUUGAGACAAGAGUUCGGUCUCAAAAUGGGAAAAUCUCUCCAGCCACAGAGAUUUGGUUCAGAAAAUUAGUAAAUGAAAAUGAUUGAAGUGCCUUAUGGAAGAUACUUUUGGGGGGGGGAAGGAGGAGGAGAGAGGGGAGGGGUGUGCCUAGAUUGUCCAUUUAAAGAUGAUUUGAUUAAUUCCAGUCUGAAAUUUUCCCUUAAAUAUAGUGCACAUCCAAAUCACUCACUAAGAGUUAACUAUUGGUUGUGUUAAUACAUUUGUAAAAAUCUUGAUUGUUUUACUUUACAUGCUGUGGCACACCGACCACAGCAAGAAAAUGAAUUUUACCCCUGCAUUGCUGUACACUAAGGGAAACCUGCAGCAAACUGACAAAAUAUGUGCAGUAUUACACUACUUUUAUACAUUUUAAAUGCCAUUUCAAAUGCAUGUUUUUACAGUUCUCUUUACAGAUAGUCUUACUGUUUCUAUUCCUGUUAAAUGCAUAUUAUUUUUUUUCCUUUUCCAGAUGAAUCAUAAUUUGUAUGAAAUUCCAAAUUUUUCUCCCACAAUUAAAGGAAUUUUAUGGGAAAAUUGGCCUGUGGAUAAAGGUGUAUUCUGCGCCUAUGAUGAGGAUAAAAUAUAUACGUAUGUUUUUCAUAAAGAUACAAUACAAGGUAAUAUUUAAAUGUAAAGUAAUAUGCACACGUGUAUUAAUUUUUGUCUAGUUGGUAGAGCUAAAUCUUUUUUUUUCUCUCUACAUUACUGUAUUACUGGCAUAUAUGUAUUGCUUACAUUGGGACACAGAGAAGGGCUAUGUAGAAUUUCUCAGUAACUUGACUCCAACAUAAAUCGGAAUUUGCAUUAUUGUCUGAUAUUUUAUGUUGUUUACUAGAUGGAGUUUACUGUGAUUAAAAGGACACUGUAUGGUAAAUGAGGUUAUCGUUGCAAACACACAUGCACAUGUCUGCAGAUCUGUCUUCUUUUCAGUAAGAUGGGGCUUAUAUGAUGUAAGCCCACCAAGCAGACAGAAGCUAUACAGUUACUUGAAAAGGCAGAGAAAAAUAUAAGCUUCUUUGUGUGCCAUCUCUUGAGUGAAGGGUGAUUAUAGCUGCAGCAAUUUUCACAAACUGCAUUCAUUUUGGAAGGAGUAUACGUUGUGCUUGGAGUAUCCUUUUAAAAUGCCAUUGCAGUUUGAUUACUCGUAUAUGCCAAGGGCUCAUGGGAGUCAUAGUUUAGUUUAAUCUGACGUUACAGCCAUAUAUUGAAGCAGUUUGAGCUGUCUUGGAGAAUUAAAAUCCUUUAGUUUUUUGUUUGUUUGUUUGUUUGUUUUUUUGUCAAUAUCUUUUUAUUUUAUUUUCAAAAUAAGGAAAAUACAAAAUUGGGACUCGUAGGUCCCUUAAAACUCUGGUACAUCAGCAAGGUAUGAAUAUAGUGGUAAUGAAUCGGAGACUCGCAGGUUUCAUUAAACAUGUGUGAAAAGUAUAAAGAAUGGGACACGCAGGUCACAUGAUACAUAAUAUUUUAGAUUAAACACAGGUAGCAGGAAAAACUGUUUUGUUUUUUUUUUGUUUGUUUUUGUUUUGUUUUUUUUAUAUCCCUGAUCUAUAGUGUAGAUUCCUGGGACCUGAAUUCCUUCCCUUGUUAUGGGGUACAGUCCUAUACCCUCAGUAGACGAGUACAUUUGGUAAAAUCCUUUAGUUAUCUUGGAGAGUGAGUAGUUGAAAAGAUUUCUUGGAGGUUCUCAACCUAUCUUUAAUAGUUUUAUUUAUUUAAGUUAAAAGAGUAACUAUACAUAUUUUAGCCAAUUAAGUACAUAGGUCUCAUGUUUAUUUAUCUUUCCUCCAGGUUCCAAAGUGAUCUUAGCAGGAGGUACUAAACUUCCAUUCUCUCACAACCCUGUUCUACUCCACAAUGGAGAACUAACCUGCCAGACACAGAGUGGAAUAUUAAGCAACAUCUACCUAACUACUCACAGCUUCAUCAGCAGUCUCACAGAUGCAGCGCCCAGUGACUUGAAGAAAAUGCUAACGCAAACGUUAAUGCUGCGACGGUAAAGUUCCCGCCCCAAGCAUUGUUUUAUAGUUUUACAUGUGUGUUUGUACACCAGUGACGGGGUGCAGAUACUGGGGAUUAAACAUCUGCAUUAUCUCAUCAGCAGUAAAGGGGAUGAGCUAAGGGUGCUGGAAAUACCUUCAUUGAAUAUAUAUUUAUUUUCAUUAGUAUACAAUUAUUUGUUUUACUGUUUAAAAACCAUUUGACAAAAAACAGAGGGACUGCACACGUAGCCGCCUAGCACUACAGCAACUAGAAUAAGUGGCAGUACGUUUAGUUUUAUUUUGUCUUUUAUGUAUUUAAUUCUACAGUAGGGAUGUUUUCCAUGUCCUGUUCAGAACCUGCACUUGUCAAUCUGUCUUGACUUGGUGUUCUUUGUUCCCAAGAAUGAUCUCUUUAUUUGAUGUCAAUAUAUUAUGAAAGAAAUAAGACUAGAACCCAGCUAAAGUGACCCUUUCCUUCCUCUGUCCUCGGCUUAGCUUUUCCGAUGCUUGGGAAGUGUGCAAACUGCUAGAUGACCAAGCAAGUUGGAAUGAACUGGCCAGAGCCUGCUUGCAUCACAUGGAUGUGGAGUUUGCUAUUCGGGUUUACCGUACCAUUGGAAACGUUGGCAUGGUUAUGUCACUUGAACAAAUCAAGGUACAUAUUAAAUAUUUUCAUAUAUACAUUCAAUGGUAUAUACAUGGGAAAUGUAUAAUAAUCCACGAAUGACUAUGCCAUUGAAAUAAUCCACUGUGAUUGUAGUUAUAUGCAAUAUCUUAUAUUUAUAUCUAUAUUGAAAUUUGUAUAUACACUGCUUUAUAACUGGAAAAUGCAGGUUAGAAUCCCAGACACACAACCUCACCCGUCCUUGGUCAAGACACCUAAUGAUAUAUAUCUGCCUGGCUCAAAACCGUAAUAAUUGUGAAGCGCUGCAGAAUGUGUUGGCCCUGUAUAACUAAUAAUGAUAUUAUCUUGUAAAAGAUUCCUGUUUCUAGGAUCUGCACCCUUGAACUUGAAACGGUAAAUAUCAAUGAAACUACCAAUGUUAUUUUUCUUUCAGGGCAUAGAGGAUCACAAUCUUCUAGCAGGGCACCUUGCCAUGUUUUCCAGUGACUUUAACCUAGCUCAGGAUCUAUAUCUAGCAUCGAGCAGCCCUGUUUCUGCACUGGAGGUAACGGUGUUCAGAACCUGUUUGUGUUGUUUUCUUUCAAAAAAAAAUACAGGUAUAAACCACCCAGGUGCAGUGUGUAUACAGUGAAUGCAAAAAGGUAAUUACCUUUCUUCUUUUAGGUAUAACAAAGGGAUUCAUCUCAAUCCCCAAUACAAAUCGCAAAAACAAGAUAUAUCUAAGAACAUGAACAGAGAAAGAAAAGCUCAUACGGUAAUGACGUUAAUUGUAAUAAACCCCACUUUUCAAGGUUGCACUCACAGAGUAGCAGAAAAUUCAGGCUCGUCAAUAAUAUGUAGAAUCCCACAGAUCCAGCAGUGUUCAGAUGUCCAAUAGUGCAUGUAAAUGGAUAUAAAGAAACCUAGUGCAACGCUGAUAUAAAAUGAAAUCACACGCUUUAAUGGUUACACUUACAGCAUACAAGAAGAUAAAAUCCAUCAAUUGGGGUAUAUUCCAAUUAACGUUAUUACCCUAUGAGUUUUUCUUUCUCUGUUCCUGUUCUAAGUUAUUUCUUGUUUUUGCUAAUUGCGUUGUUUACUUUGUCUAACUGUUGUAGUGUAAAUGCCCAUACAUCAUUUUAUGUAUCUGUAUCUUUCUUCUGUACGAAGUUAUUGUACUCUGUAACAGAGUGUACAUCAUCUCCAUCAUGCCAUCUCUUUUCACAGUACAAGUAAAGAAGGCUGUUUAAAAAGAAAAAAAAAAGAUAUUGUGUAAUGUUAAUUAUUUAGAAUAAUCUAACCUUCUAUCCUUUGUUGAUAACAUGCUAUAAGUAAAAUGAUGUCUAUUUAACACGUUGGAUGGUACACAAUCUGUAAUUUGAGUGUAUAUGUGCUUUAAAGAUGAGACGGGACUUGCAGCACUGGGACAGCGCCCUGCAACUGGCUAAACGCUUGGCUCCCAAUCAGAUUUCAUUCAUUUCAAAGGAGUAUGCCAUGCAGCUUGAGUUCACGUAAGUCAUCAAUGUGUGUUAGUCACAAACUUUCAAAGGAUUUUAUUUUUCAAAAGAAAUCUGCACUUGUCUAGCAUUAUAUUUAUUAUUGAACUGAAUGCUGCUGCUUCUACCAUUGGAAAGAUAUAUUGUAUAGGCUGGACUAGUUUUGUUUUUAUGAAGAUAUUUUAAUCCAAAAAUCCAGUUCUCUGAUGCUUGAUCAACAAUUUGGAGGAUGUACAAAAGAAUCAGGAAGUACAUCUGUCACUCUCACACUGCGCAAAUAAUAAUUAAAUAAAAGUUUUGAACUUGGCAAAAUGAAAAAGCAGAUCACAAUCUCUAAAGAUGAAGAAAUAAAUGUUUGUGUUCUGGCAGCUGAAGGCCCCUGUAGAUAACCGCCUAUUGACAAAUCUGCCCUCUGUGUAUAGAAGUUAAUUUAGUAAUCAAACACAGGACCUCUCUUGCUGAUGCCAGAUUAUCCCUCUUCUGAUAGCAUUUAAAAAGGCAUUGCCUGAAGUAAUUGUUGUCAUUCAGUCUUAAUUCUCUCUCUUUUUUUUCUUAAAUUGUUUCUUACUGUGAAUAUGAGUGAUGUAAUCCAUGCAUGUUGUUCACAGGGGGGAUUAUGUGAAUGCACUCGCUCAUUAUGAAAAAGGAAUUACUGGAGAUAACAAGGUGAGAACUGAUGAGAUGUGUAGCUGGUGUAAGAUUAUUGCAAAAUGUUCCUAACCUGCAUGGCAAUAUCAAACCGAGCAAUAGUGUUCUCUAGUAAUCUGAAAUAGAAUAUACAUUGUUUUUUUUUUUUUUGUUUUUUUUUUUUUUACACACGAUAACAAGUGCUAAUGCAGACUUUUAAAAUGUCAUGUUCUUUAUUUUAAAAUUAUUAUUGUAAGAAAAAUGGUCAGUUUGCUAGCAGGCCAGUAACCCAUAUCCUCCAUGUAAAAUCCAGCUAUAUUUAUGGCGGAUCCAGUGAUAUUUUAUGAAAUGUGUUUUAUAAUGCAGUUUCAGGAACACGAUGAAACUUGCCUGGCUGGUGUGGCUCGCAUGUCAAUCAGAAUGGGAGAUAUUCGACGUGGUGUUAAUCAGGCUCUCAAACAUCCCAGCAGACUUCUAAAGAAGGACUGUGCUGCCAUCUUGGAGAGCAUGAAGGUAAAUGAAACUAAUACAGGCAACGUGGUAUAGAAAUACACAAUGUUUGUAACUCAACCAUUUCUUCCCACAACAGCAAUUCUCAGAAGCUGCACAACUGUAUGAGAAGGGACAAUAUUAUGACAAAGCAGCCUCUGUUUAUAUUCGCUGUAAGAACUGGUAAGGAAUCUUUGUUUGUUCAAAAUAUAUAUAGAUAUAGAGCGAUUAAUUUGCAGAAAUCUCAGUGAACUCUCAAAGAAAAUAAGAAAACUAUCACCUUUAUUUUCAUAAAAAUUUAAUAAAUAUUAAGAACCCAACCUGGGUGUUAAGCUUAGGCAUGCUGCUUGCUUGCUAGGUUACAUACUAUUAUGGCCAAGUGAAGUCCCAUCCAAAAUGCAAUAGCAACCCUCCCCAGCUUUUCAUUUUCAGGGAACCCAACAUUAACGCAAGAGUAUUGAGAACUCUCAUCCUGAACACCUGCAUAAUUUCACUUGAGGAACAUGUAAACCUACUUAGAGAAUUCUUCAUUUACAGAGUACUUUUAUUUUAUUUUUAGUACAAGUGCAUUCAAUGCGUGUUUUAAAUGUUUAUUUGUUUUUUUAAAGUGAGAUGAAAAGCUUGGUACUUGCCAUCUUCUAGUCAAUAUAUGUAUUUGUUGGUCGUGAGGGAUGAGCUGCUGUGAAAGACUCCCAGAUAGGAAGUUUAUACAUUUCGUUUUCUGCAUGCCGUUUUGUGAUGUAAUUUACUUCCAGGGCAAAAGUUGGAGAGCUGCUUCCCAACGUGUCUUCUCCCAAGAUCCACUUACAGUAUGCAAAGGCAAAGGAAGCUGAUGGAAGGUGAGGAAAUGAAGCCAACUAACAUGCUAUCCAAAAACCAGGAUAUUCUUGUUGAAGGGUGUCAUACUCCACAAACUGCUGCGAUGUAUAUAACCUACAGCUCUGUUAGCCAGCCAUUCUCUGCAAUGUCAAUUACUUAUGUGAAAUUCACUCAUCUGUCAGCACUGAGUCUAGGAAUGGGGCAUGGUCCAUCACUCCUAUACAUAGCACUUGAUUUGAUCCAAAUGAACGAGUUAGAUUCCAUCCACACAAUGUCUUUUUUUUAUACAAAUAAUUUAUUGUUUCUCUUUAAAAUAAAAUAUGAAAAUCCAUAUAAAAUAAGAAACCCAAUACAACAUUAUCUAGAUAAUCAUUACUCCAAAAUAUAACAUAUAUAUGUUGGUGAGCUGAGCUGUGACAAGUGAGGACUAAAUGUGUCCCUAAAGUGAGAGAACUUAAUGUGUUUUUAUAGUGCGGGAACUUAAUGUGUUUUCAUAUAGUAGAGAUCAUAUUUCUCUUCUAGAUAUAAGGAGGCUGUCAUCGCUUAUGAAAAUGCCAGAGACUGGGAUAAUGUGAUUCGAAUCUAUCUGGACCACUUGAAUAAUCCUGAGAAGGCUGUAGGCAUUGUGAAAGAGACACAGUCGCUUGAGGGAGCAAAGAUGGUAGCCAGGUGAGUUUAGUGAUGGAUGUUGCUAAUGGGAUUUGCAGUGCAUAAACUUGGACUCACUUUGAAUAGUCUGCAGUGUUGCUCUUGGACAUAUUGGAUUGAUGCCUAAAAUAUUAUGGUGGCAUCUAUCUGUAACCUAAUAAUAUGUGUAAACACCUGCAGAAAGGAUCUUCCUUCUGUUUUAAACUUAUGUGAACAUGGCAGGUGCCGUUGUGAAUAUGUAGUGCCAUCAACAUUGUGUCCACCAGGGGCCAGAAAUGCUUACUAGAAUGGUGAAUGCCCUCUGCUUUCAACAAAAAUAGCAGUUAGAAGAAAAUCUAACUCUUGGACUUGUGCAGGCUAAGGUUUAACUUAAUUGAUUUAUGAUUUAGUACAAAAGUUGAAUUUAUACUAUAGAAAACAUUAUACUUAGUAGGAAAAGAAUGCAUGCAAUGCUAAUAAUUUGAUUAUUUUUAAAGCAACACUGUCAUGCCGAACUUACCUCAAUUCCUCUCCUCUCCCUCUGUCAGGAUCUGUUCUUCAUUUCUUCCUGUCUGCUCUAGUUUUCUUUAAAACAUAAGACAAAGUAGGGGCAACUUUGUCUUAUGGAGGUUUCCUACGCCAUGACCAUCUCUGACCAGCAGAGGAACAAAGUGUGCUCUGUUUCCUGUUGUCAGAGAAGGUUUAUCCAUUCAUGUUAGGACGCAAUUCGGGACUUUGUUCAGAUCGGAAUUUCAUUUGAAUGAAUGAAACUCCGAUCUAAUUUGUGCUGCGACUGCAUCGCUUAGUAGAUAACUCCCUAAUUCCUUCAGUAUCAGGGAGCUAUCUACCAAAAGGCUGAAAUACCUAAAUUGGUCUUUCAGCCAACUUCACUAAUACUAAAUAAAAAUGACUUAAUAUUAGUACAUUCUGCCCCUACUCGCUAUAUUGCGAGUAGGGGCAUGUCUAGUAAACAGUGAGAGGCCUUUGUUAAAAAAAACAAAAAAAACUCUAGUAUCCCACCUCCCAAGCCCUUACCCAUUACGCGUGAGUGGGGGCUCUUAAACUGAACAGGGGACCUAUUGCUCUGCCCGCACCCCUGAGCGGUGGGUGGGAGCCUUAAAUGACAAUUGGGGGGGGACCUAUCGUCCCCCCCACCUCUGAGCGGCGGAUGGGAGCCCUAAAUGAAAACUGGGGGGGGGGGACCUAUUGUCCUCUCCCCCUCCCCCCGCGCCCCCACCCAUGAGAGUGGCAGGUGGGAGCCCUAAAUAAAAAUCGGGGGGGGGAAGGACCCAUGAGCGGCAGGUAACUAGGGGUCCUCUACAUUUACCUGUCACAGCACUUUGGUUGGCUUGGAAUCCAUCCAAUCAGAGUGCUCUGUGUCAUUUUACACAGGGUGGGAAAGUUCUAGGGAAUUUUCCUAUGCUGUGUAAUUUGACUCAUAGCAACACUCUGGUUGCUUUCAAUCAACCAAUCAAAGUGUUAUAAGUCAAAUUACACAGCGUGGGAAAAUUCCAAAUAACUUUCCCAUGCUGGGUAAAAUGACACAGAGCACUCUGAUUGGUUUGCUUAAAUAGGUUCCUCCCCCUCGCCCCAUUUUCAUUUAGGGCCCGCACCCGCUGCUUAUGGGUGAUGGGUGGGUGCCAAGGGGGACCCUAUGUCCCCCGUUUACUUUUAUAGCCCCUACUCGCGGGGCACGGGUAGGUGCUCGGGGGAUAUGCCCACUGCUAGUUAAUAGAUGCCCCACCAUGGGGGCAUUUGUUGGGUGGGGGAGGGAGAGGGGAUGGGGGGGAUGGAGCUGUGCGCCGGUAGCUCCCUCCUUGUAAUAAACCAAGCAAACGAACGAAGAAGUCUUCAUUCGUUUGAAAUUUCUAUUCAUUUAUUCGUCUUUCUGACGAAUGAAUGAAUAAAUAGAUGAAAUUCCUAUUCGAAUGCACAAGUGUUUAACUGGGCAUGCGCAGGAAUUUCAUAGCGCUAUCUAGUGUGGGCAGAUGACAUGUCCCACAGGGACUUCAUCUACCCACACAAAGAUGGCGGCGCCCAGGACCUGGGUCUGGGCACAAAAUAAAGAUCCAAAAAUAGGUAAGAUGGGGGGGCAUAGGGGCAUUUAGUGGCACUAGGGGGUCAGUUAGAUGUAGUGGAGUCGGAAAGGGGGGUUAAAAAAUAAAACAGGAUUCGGCCAUGACGGUGCCGCUUUAAGCUUACUGCUUGUUUUAAGUGAAUGUGUAAUGAAACUAGUGAAUAUUUAAACAGAACAAAUUGCAUUCAUAAUGUGUUUGUGUGUAAUGAGAGAUGUAUAUUUAUACUAUAAAUGGUUGAUAAGAUGUAGACGUUUUGGUCAAAAUAAUUUUGCUGUAAUUUCCAGUCUUUGCUAGUUUUGAGGCACGUUAGUAUAAUUGUAUAUCAUGUAGAUCUAGGUUAUCUCUUCCAACAUGAGGACUACAAGUUUAAAAUGCUCAACAUUUAUCCAAAAGGAAGAAGUGUGAGCCUGACACUACAGAGCAUUUUGGGAAUUGUAGUUCUGUAUUACACUGGUGAGCUAGGAUUUGGCUCUCAUUAACCAUAUUGUAUUCAGGAACUGUAAACUCUCAUCGCAAACCGAUCUCCAUGUUAACUGUUGCCUGAUUGCAUUUCUCUCUCUGUACGUUAUCCUGAUCAUAUAUUUCUGCAGAUAACUACUCACAGCUUUUGGUUUUCCUCUAAUAAGGUUUUUCCUUCGUCUUGGUGACUAUGGAUCAGCUAUCCAGUUUCUGGUUCUGUCCAAAUGCAAUGAUGAAGCAUUCCAGCUGGCUCAGCAGCACAACCAGAUGGAGAUUUAUGCUGACGUUAUCAGUAAGCGUGUUUCUACAUUAUACUGGCAUCUAAACUAUUCGGUAGCCGGCAAGCAUUUCUUUAUCAGCUGCAUGAAAAUAUUAGCAAUCCUUAGCUGGGGCAAUAGUUUAUAUGGAUAAUGCAUAAAAAAAUAUAUUUGAAAAAAAUAAAAACCGUAUUCACAUGUGAAGUGUCCCUUAGCGCAUUGCUUAGUGGGUCUGCCUGCAGCUAUAGUAUAGUUUAUCCCAGAGUUAGAGGACUACGGUGAACUCCCUGUGUCCAUGGAGUUAUGAGAAUGCAGCUCUUUUACCCCCGUUGCUAUAUAUGCUCAAUGUGUCCGAGACCACUGCCAAUCUGAUGUGCUGUCUUAACUGUCAAUCCUCAUAGUUUCAUACAUUCCUAUUUUAAUCUGCAUUUGUUCUUUCGAAUGGAAACUCAUCAUUAUUCCAGUAAAACUCCCCUAAUGCCGUUCACAGUCUGUUAUUUCUCCAAAUAAUAUAAUUCAAAGUAAACUAUCAUAUUGCUGAAUGUUCUUUUCUUCAGGCUCUGAGAAUACCAGUAACGAAGAUUAUCAAAGUAUAGCUUUAUAUUUCGAAGGAGAAAAGAAGUAUUUCCAAGCAGGGAAGUUCUUCUUACUUUGUGGUCAACAUGCACGAGUGAGUGAAUGUCUUAAUGUGUAACAAUGCAAUCUAAAUAAUGUAUCCCCAGCGUAUAUGAGCAAGGCUGGGGAACGUGUGCUUCAAGAUCCACUAGAACCAAGUGUUAGAAAUAAACCCCUUUCGCUAUAUUGGAGUCCAGGUGUCACAGGCAUGUCUGGGCCAAAAUAGAGGAAGAUUGGGUAUCUUACAGUGCUUGGUGUCGAGAAGAGCAAUACUCUUUAGUUUAGAGCAGAGGUGCCCAGAAGGUAGAUCCUCAGAUGUUGUAAAACUACAACACCCAUGAUGCUUUGUAUGCCAUUAGAAUGCUUUUAGAAUGACAAAGCAUCAUGGGAGUUUUAGUUCUACAACAUCUGGGGAUCUACAUUUUGGGCACCCCUGGUUAAGAGUGCACAUUCCUUAAAUCUCUGUGACUGAAAGGUUGAAUGCAAUGAGAUAGACAUACCUCUGGUAAUUGAAUGGUAAUGUCCCCUAGCUAUCAAUGGGAUUACUGCUAUUCAGUUACUGAUGUGAGUUUAUCUCUUGUAAUAGCAUUAAGCCCUUAUAAAAUUCCUAACAUCUCUCAUGUUCCUCCAAUACAUAUACUGAUUGCUUGUUUUUGUGAUGCUUCAGAUGUAGCCCUUAUUCUCACCGUAUGGAUGUGGAUCUAAAAGCAGUUUUCCCAUGAAAUCGAUUCUGCGUGGUUAAAUAGGAUGGACCUUCUUAGGCUGUUACUGUUUUUAAACACCUUUCUCUAUUUCAGGCACUGAAGCACUUCUUAAAAUGCUCAAACACUGAGGAAGACAUGGCAAUAGAAAUGGCAAUUGAAACGGUGAGUAAAUGGGAUUCACAUAGAAGGGGAUAUAUGGAUCGUAAUAUACAAUAACAUCUAAAGCAUUGUUUUAUAUCAAAUAACUGUAAAAUAUAAUGUUUGGGUCUCAUUGUUUUUAACAUGUUUUUUUUUUUUUCUUUAUUUGAUUGAGAUGAUUAGCAUGGCUUUUUGAGUAUUCAUAGUUUGAGUUUUGGAUGUGGUUUUUUUUUUUUUUUUAUAUAUAAUUAAUUUGUCAAUCAGAAUUUGUUUUAGAACUAAGAAUUAUAGUAAGAUAUUUGCAAAAUCUCUUAUUUCUUGCUGUAUCUUGUCCCAUCUCGCUUGCUCUAUUUAUCUAUCUCGGGAAUGUUCUCUAAACUCCGAAUUGUAGAUAAUUGAAAUACUAAAAUGUAACAUUAGCUGGUUUUGAAAAAUAAUUUUUAACAAAGCUGACAGUUCAGCUAUUUUUUUCCUUUUAUUUUUUUAUUUGUUUUUUUAGUUCACUACAAUUUGGAGUUUAAUGAAUAAGGAGCCAAAUAUAAAAUCUUAAGUUAAUUAGGAUUUGGCAUCAUGUUUAUGCCUAUUUCUCCCUGUUAAAGAGCAUUCAGUAGAUUUUAGCCCCAUAUCCAUGUUCUAUUUUCCUCCAUGAUUCCUCAAGAUUUUAACUUGCUGAGAAUACAGGAAUAUAAAUAUGAGGCUAAGGCCAGACAAUAAAACAAAUGCAGUUGGUAAUUCCCAGUGUGUUCCUUUAAAUAAUCACUGCGCAUGUUAACAGAAACAUUGGACACUUGAAUUCAACACCUGCUAGCACUUUAAAUAUAAACCAAUAAAAAAUACUUGUUAAAUAAUUAACCAAUAGCUCAUAAAUCUGUGCAAAAUGUUUACACAUGAGGAGAACAAGCUCCGACCCUGACCUGAUGUCAUUUGGAAGCAACAUCACCAAACCUAUAUAAACAAUUCUGAUUCACCAAUUAAAGCAAAUAACGUACAAAUAUUCGCUGUUAACAAACUUAACAUAGUGAAAUUGAUAACACAACAAAAACGUAUACUUAAUACCAAAAAUGUCAGAUUUGCCUAAAUAAACAUGCAUCCAUAUCAAUGGUGACUUUCGACACAACAGUGAUAAUGACACACGUCACUUGUUAUCAUAUGAAAGGGGCAAACAAGCAGGUCUAAGAAUGCUUUUAAUUUCUUUGUUUUCUAUAUCACUUCGAUUUUGUUAUAUAGUCAUUUCUGCCGUACUCUGAUAUCUGAUGCAUUUAUCUCAAUAGGUUGGGCAGGCGAAAGAGCAGCUUUUAACCAAUCAACUCAUAGACUAUCUGAUGGGUGAGAGUGAUGGCAUGCCAAAGGUACUAUUCUUAAAAUUUACCUACCACUUCUAAACAAUAGGAUAAGUCUGUAUGUUGUGUGUUUUUCCUGUACAAUCUUUCAGUUUACUAAUGGAACAAAUGCUAGAUGGGGUUGGUAUUGUUCUAAUGUAAGUGUACUACCGACAAGAUGUUUUAUUUAAUAUGCAAGAUAGUCUAAUUCUUAUGUUGCUCUUUAUUUUAAGCCACAGUUGUUAAAUAUAUAAAUACAAAUACACUAUCAACUAUAUGAACAAGCAGUCUUAAAGCACCACUCUAGGCACCCAGACCACUUCAGCUUAAUGAAGUGGUCUGGGUGCCAGGUCCCUCUAGGAUUAACCCUUUUUUUUAAUAAACAUAGCAGUUUCAGAGAAACUGCUAUGUUUAUAAAUGGGUUAAUCCAGCCCUCAAAGCCUCUAGUGGCUGUCUCAUUGACAGCCGCUAGAGGCGCUUGCGUGCUUCUCACUGUGAAAAUCACAGUGAGAAGACGCCAGCGUCCAUAGGAAAGCAUUGUAAAUGCUUUCCUAUGAGACUGGCUGAAUGCGCGCGCAGCUCCUUCCGCACACGCGCAUUCAGCCGAAGAGGAGGAUCGGAGGCGGAGAGGAGGAGGGAGCUCCCUGCCCGGCGCUGGAAAAAAGGUAAGUUUAACCCCUUUCCUUGCCAUCCAGCCCGGCAGGAGGGGGACCCUGAGGGUGGGGGCACCCUCAGGGCACUAUAGUGGUCCUUUAACUGCAUAAAGCCACUAAUCUAUAUAGCGGCUUUAGUUAUAUAUGUACAUAUAAUAUAGUACUUUAGGUGGGCCUUUGGCAUCAAGUCAUGAGUAUUAUAGAUUGGACUAUUUCAGUACAUUAUAAAACUGGGCUAGGAUACACUUAAAGUGAGCCUCUAAGCAAUUGAACUUGUCUUUAUGAGAAAAAACAGUGUUUACAUCUAGCUACUGUCACUGAGCCACUAGAAACUCUUCCUGCUGUGUUCCUGCAGUCUUUGCAGAACCAAAGUUUGGUGUCUUCAUUCUCUGUAUGUAGACACCGAUUGCUCCCCAUUGAAUGCAUUGAGCUAAUUUAUCUCUAUGAGGAGAUGAUGAAUGUUGUGCAUGCACACUAGCCCCCAAAUGUUACCCUAUAGGGAAACAUUGUAAUUUGCUGAGAUCAUUAUCACUGAUGAUCUUAGCCAGGGGAGAAGCAGUGGCAAUGGCGAGACUGGCACUCUGUGGGAUAUAAGGUCAGUAAAUUUGCAUUAUUUAACUUCAUAGAUCUGUCGAGGACCCAGAAAUCUAGACAGGAAGACACUAUAUUAUUAGAAACACAUGUAUGCAUUUCUUCCUUUAAAGUACUUUGUUUUCUGGAUUUAUUUUUUGAAUAGCACUCUGUUGAAGAUUUUUAAGCAUGCUAGUAAUGGAGGACAUCCUUGCAUCAUAUCCUGUGCAAUUAUUAUAAGUUAUUAUGAUGCUUGGAGUGUCCCUUUAUUUCAUCAGUAUUUUUUCUAUGCAGGAUGCAAAGUACCUGUUCCGCCUGUAUAUGGCAUUGAAGCAAUAUAGAGAGGCAGCCAGGACUGCAAUUAUAAUUGCCAGAGAGGAACAAUCAGCAGGUACGUGUGUGUGUGUGUGUUUGUGUAUAAUGUCCAAUAACUGUACUUUAUAGUGUUUCCAGCUAAAAGCAUUGUGGGUAUAUGUGAUAUUAUUAGGGUUAUUCACAGAAAUGGGAAUUGUUAAAUAUUCCGAAUUUUAAAAUGUAAAUAGCUAAAUUGUACAUUUCUCCUACAAGUCACCUAUGUUUUCAGAUUUGCUAGUUCACUUUAAUUUCUGACAAUUCACACUUUUGCCAAUAAGCCACAUCGCAUUAUAAAACAUAAACUUAUUUUUUAUUUAUAUAUAUAUAUAUAUAUAUAUAUGAGAGCACUCAUUUUGCAUAAAUAAAUAAAAGUGUAUUAAAUUCGUAUAACAAGGAAAAUCAACGUUUUACCCUCUAACAGGUCUUUAUUGAUAUUAAUUAUCCGUAACACAAUUCACAAGCAAAAACAUGUUUCCCGGGAAAAAACAAAACAACAAAAAUUGGUUCUAACCUGACAAAUUCUUUUUUCCUUUGGAUUGGUGAGAGCCCACGACACGUAAUAUAUGGUGGCAUUUACCUAAGGUGCCUUUGGUUGCCUUCAGCAACCUUUGGUUCCCAUUUGUAGCUCAAGCUCAGCCAUCCACAAUCGGCAUCAACCCAAGGGAUCCUGAUGACGAGACAUUAUGACAACCAGCAAAAGUAGUGGACUUCAUACGUUGCCAGGCAGAGUACAGGGGACCAGUGUUACAUACGUCAAAUGGGGAAAGGCUAGAGAGAGAAGAGCGAGAUGAAAUGUUGCAUUAUGGGUGGUUUUUUAACUCUUCUUGUGGGAGGGACAAUUAUCCCAUUUGUCACAAAUCAUGGGCUUUUGCCAACCAAAGAAGGAAAACUAUUUUAAAGAAUAUAAGGAAAUAAAAGGAGCAAUUUAGAAGUGCGGACCAGCGAGAUUAUGGAAAAGGAAGAGUAGUAUUUCGAAUGAAGUUCUGUAAUGCUAAUGAAGCAGAUAAUUAGUCUACAACUUGUUUAAUGAUUUCUUUAAGAUGUAAGAUGAUACUAUUAUAUUAAUCUAUAUAACAAUAUUAAAAUUGUAAAGCACAAAUGUAGAAAAAGAUUUUUUUCAAGAACUUUGUGUGAACAUCCAUAGCAUGUAACGUUUUUAAAGUGUUUUAAUAUAACCAUGUAAUCGUUUCAGUAACAAUAAAACAGCAAUAAUUCUUUUUUUUUUUUUUUUUAAUAACCAGGUAAUUAUCGCAAUGCACAUGAUGUCCUAUUCAGCAUGUACACCGAACUGAGAACACACAAAAUUAAGAUCCCAACUGAAAUGGCUACAAAUCUGAUGAUCUUGCACAGCUAUAUCUUAGUCAAGGUAUUUUAAUCCACUGUAUGGAUAAUAUCCUAAUCUGUAUUAUUAUUGUAGUGAAUAAUAGCAAAUCCAUUCAUACUGUUCUAUCUAAAGCUGUAAUUUCCAUGAAAUUCCAAUUCAAAUUAACAUAUUACAGUGGCUGUCACAUUGGGGUGUUUGCAUAUUUGAAAGACUCCAAAGGUGACCUCUCAGCUUGGUUUGUGAUAGCCCUAGAGGUGAAGCUUAGGGGAGCUAUACUUGUGGAGAGUUCUGUCCCUCAUUACUCCUGCUUUCUUGUACAUGUGUGAGUGUACAACACUGAGGUCUAUGGAGUAUCCCGUGAGACCACUUUAUAUUUGCACCAAUACCCACCUCACUGAUAUAUCUGUGUUGUCCUUCUACAGAAUUCGUUGGCUGAGUGCGUGAAAUGAUGCAAUGUUAAUUGUCAUGUAACUGCACUUUUUUUUUUUUUUUUAUCUUUUUGCACAAAUCCUUUUUGUAUUUGAACAUUCAUUGAAGGUUACAGUGCUUUUCUUGGCUUUCAUUCUAAAUAGUUGUCCUAAUGUUUCUGCUUCAGAUCCAUGUAAAACGUGGAGACCACAUGAAAGGUGCUCGUAUGCUUAUACGUGUGGCCAACAACAUCAGUAAAUUCCCUUCCCGUGAGUAUUCCGUGUUCUACAUUGCGCAGUGUAGAAAAACUGAUAUCUAACAACUCGGGUUUAUUCAUUGCAUUUCGAUUUAAUUAAUAUCAUCACUUAUUGUUCUCAAACUGUUAAACUACACUAUUAAUGUUUAUUUAAAUUCAACCUUUUAUGUUCUACGUCUGAUCUUUUUAUUUUUAUUAUUUUUUUUUCUUUCUUUCCUUUGUGUCAUAGCUGAAACAUUCUGUCUAAAAGGAACUUACUGGCUCAGGCUUAUUGGAAUAAAAAAGUGUAUGGUGUGCCAAACUAAUAUAUAACUGUAAACCGUUUAUUGAAUUUUUUUUUUAAUGGAUUUUCAAAUGUUUAUCAAUUAAUAUAGCUUAUAGACCGAAUAAUCUAUACCGUAAUAACUUAUUAGUACAAAAAGAGCAAAGGAUCCUAUCUGUGGACUUUAGUCUAACCAUUGCAGCAUCUGUGUAUGUUUCACUGUUCGUGCUUGGUCAUUUUCAUACAUUUGUUUUUCUUUGUGCAGAUGUUGUCCCAAUCCUUACAUCCACAGUUAUUGAGUGUCAUAGAGCUGGCCUUAAAAACUCGGCCUUUAGUUUUGCCUCCAUGCUCAUGAGACCAGAGUAUCGAAACAAAAUAGACAUCAAGUACAAGAAGAAGAUUGAGGCAAUGGUUAGGUGAGCUGCAUUUUUAAAUAAAUACAACAAAUAUGCUUUUUUUGUUUAGGAGGUGGAGCUUGCUUACAUAGUCUUUGACCAUAAAUGUGCUUUGUAUUUAUAUAUUGCUAGGCGACCAGAUAACACAGAGGUUGAAGAAGAAACAAGUCCCUGUCCUUUCUGUGGUUUUCAGCUCCCAGAAUGUGAACUUCUGUGUCCUGGCUGCAAGAAUAACCUCCCAUACUGCAUUGUAACAGUGAGUGCCUUGUUCAUUAGAGUUAUUAUUUGGUAACUAGGUCUGGUAUUUCAGAACCCAUGUACUAUACCAUUGUGGUGCAGAAUGGGCUAACAUGCAAAGCAUCCCAUUUCCAGUUGUUGCUCAAAGCAAGAGUUUAAAGGGACACUAUAGUCACCAAAACAACUUUAGCUUAAUGAAGCAGUUUUGGAGUAUAGAUCAUGCCCCUGCAGUCCCACUGCUCAAUUAUCUGCUCCAAAACCUUAAACGACAAGUACACUUUAAGCUGCUAGUUUUAUGUAAUGGCCAUUGAGUACUUUACAGUGUCCCUGCUUUUUAACGAUCACCCAGAAUAAUUUAAAAGAAAAUAUCUAUGGAUUCUGCUCAUCAAAUUGCCAGUAAAUGCAUAGCUUAAACUUUAUAUAGAAAUUAAUUUCUUUGCAAUAUCAGCCAAUUUACAACUAAAUAAAUUAUAAAUAUGGCUUUCUAUGAAAGUCUGAAUGCAGAUAUCCAUUGCAGUACCUUGCUAGAGGCACAGGAAGAAACUUUUAUAUAUGGAUUUAUUUCUCACCUGCAUGUUUUGUGCAGGACAGGUUCACUUGAAUGAUUAAAAUAUGUGCCUUUUACAUCCUGCUGGUGUUAUUCUUUUCAGGGUCGUCACAUGGUUAAGGAAGACUGGUGUGCUUGCCCACAUUGUGAUUUUUCAGCCAUAUACACAGAAUACAAAAUGUAAGUACAGGGCACUAGUAGUUAAGUUACUACCUACUACUAUUAAUUAUGCCACAAAUAGACUUAAAUAGGUCUGCUUGGAGUAUGUGCUUCUAGCAAUGAGAAUCGAAUGUACGGUCAUGUUUGCUAACUCUCCGCAGGUUGCUGGACUCUGAAACGACAUGCCCCAUGUGCUCAGAGAGAGUAACAGCUAGUCAGCUGAAAAGAGUGAAUGACUGCUCAUCAUAUCUUCAACAGGAUCAGGAGGAACCGUAAAACACCUGGUCACGGUAAGUGGACAAUUUGAGGUUUUCCACAAAAAUAGAGAUUACAUAACUUUACUGUGAUUAAUAUAAAAAUGUUAAUCACUGCUGCACAUUCUAAUAAACGAUGGGUUAAAUACUGAGUUUACUGAGUUAAAUCAGAUUAUGGGAAACAAGAGACCUAAGUAAAAGCUAUUGGCAAUGUAGGUUUAAAUAUUGCUGGAGGGCUGGUGCAAGCACACCUACAACAGUGCUGAACAUCAACCGGCUGACAGGUAGUUGUGGCAGGGAUGUUAAUAGUCUACAAAAGCUUCCUGUUUAAAUUUGGCACAAAAGCGCAGAGAUCACAUUACACAGCACGUAACGCGUCACGAUCUCUAUGUGGAAUGCAUCGCAACUGGUACAUGCGGUCCACCCAAAGGACCUCCAAGCAGUGUGCCUGUGCGCACGCACAACACUUUUGGCACCCGAAACAACUUUCCUGUGCUUGAAUAGGGGAGAGCCAGGCCCCACAGGCAGAGCUGCUCUCCCAGAUAAGCGGAGCCCUUCCCAGCUGCAGCCGUCUCUCCUCGCCUGCAAAACAAAAAGGGAAGUCCUAGUAUGUAAUCCCUCUUGUUGCACUGUUUCUAAUCCGGACUGAAGAAAAAUCAUUUAUGUUAUCAUGCUUUUCUCAUCGAGGACUCUUAAUCAUUUGUAAAUCUGAUUGAACUCUAAAAUACGCAUUCUGUUAUAUAAAAUGAUGAAAGAUUAAGUUGCUCCUGCCAGGAAUAGAACCUGCAACAUUGAGGUAACAAAGGUUUUCUCAGAUGCACAUCUAGUAUUAUUCAAAAUCAGCUCCAGCAUUAACAGGAGCAAGAAGACAAGAGAAAAAAAAAAAGUGGAAAAUGAAGCUCUCUCUUUUGUUCUAUUGCUGUUUCAGUAGACUGGAGCAGGACUCUGCACAGGAAUGAAGAUUAUUGGAUACAAACUUUUUUUUUAAUCUCACUAUUUCACCCUAUGAAUGCAUGUAUAAGGGUUACAUAAUGUUAUACAGUACAGUGGAAAUUUAGAGUGAGUUUCAGAUUUUUGGUUAAAACAGCCAUAUUUUGUGUGUAUGACAUUAUGCAAACUAUUUUCCAUCAUUUUAAAUUUGCUCUUUAUUUUCACAGGGAAUAUCACAUCUUUCAGAGAAACUGAUUUCUGAUCUGUCGUUUGUAUCUUCCUCUCUAGAUCUUACCUUAAAAUGCAACGCUGGAAUAUAUAUCAAUAUUCUUUGAAAAGAAAAUUACAGAAUUGUGUAUAUAUAUAUUUUUUUUUUUUUAAAUGACUAUUUGUAAUUUAUUAUAUUUCCCAAAUGCUUUAUGUAUUCUGCAUAAAAAAUUGCUAAU